AUGGCAGCUGAGACAUCCACCGAAGUUGCAAAAACAGCUAAACAGUUCGUCCUUAAGGAAGAGGUAAUUGUAGAAAGACAAUGGUUGAAGCUUGCAGAAACAACUUACACUGAUCCCUUUGGGAAAACCAGAACUUGGGAAACUGUAAAGCGCACUGGCAACAAAAAGGGAGUUACAGCUGAUGGUGUAGCAGUGAUAGCAGUGCUACAGAGAACCCUGCACUACGACUGCAUUGUCCUGGUGAAACAGUUCAGGCCCCCAAUCAAUGGCUACUGUUUGGAAUUUCCUGCAGGCCUCAUUGAGGAAAAUGAAUCAGCAGAAAGUGCUGCCCUUCGAGAGCUGAAGGAAGAAACUGGGUACAAGGGGGAAGUCAUUGAAUGUACUCCAGCUCUGUGCUUGGACCCAGGAAUGUCAAACAGCACAACACACAUUGUGAGUGUCAUCAUUAAUGGAGAUGAGGCUGAGAACACAAGACCUAAGCAAAACCUUGAUGAUGGAGAAUUUGUGGAAGUUGUUUCACUUCCAAAGAAUGACCUGCUGCAAAGGAUUGAUGAACUAGUAGCAGAGGAACAUUUGGCAGUAGAUGCCAGGGUUUACACUUACGCAUUGGCUCUGAAGCGCGCAGAAGAAAAACCGCUCCAAGUUCCUUUUAUGAAGUUCUAG